UAGUGCGACACUCGUCAAACGCAGUUCAAUGGAGGGGAAAAUCGCGUGAUAGAUUGUGGUGUGAGUGCAUCCAUCGCCAGCAAUCAUACGAAAAGAAAACCGUUCCAUAGCUCGCCGUAUUGGGCUGUGGAGGAAUCGCGCGAUUAUUGUAUCUAGACGUGCGAAUAUUGACGGUCUCCCGUGUUCCUUUGUCCCGUAGGCACCGAGUACUAGUGCGGAAUACAGUAAAGUUCCUGCCGAAAGCUUUAAAGCGGGCCAUUCUGCGUGCGUGAAACUUUCGCCCGUCAUCGGUUGCGGGUGCUGCUGACGGGGUAGCAGUGCGUUUGUUAAGGGAAGUACAAAGCUGGCCUUUGCUUCCUUUCACAUCCGUUUGGAUGAUUCACGGUCACGGGUGAAGAAGAAAAAUUUCGCCGCUCCGGUUGUCUGACCCUACAACAUAGCUGAUGCUGUGCCGUGGUGCAGUGUAGUGCGGGAUACGUGUGCCGUUCCGGGAAGAUACUCAGCCGAAGUGUGCGACACGUUGUCAUCAUUGGCAGGGCAGAUUGUUUGUCCGUGCACCAGGUGUGCGAUGGUAGUGGAGAAGAAAUCGCGGUGUAAAGUUCAGUGAGAAAAUUCCUGUGGAGUAUAGCACUUCCCGUUCCGUGCGCGGUGUACCCAGAAAGGGCGAUUCGAAACCAUCCGCAACCAACAACUGUCAGUUGGUGUAUUGUUUUCAGUUUUUUUCCCGUACUACGGAACAACCGACAAAGUGAAUAGUCUGUAGAACAUCUCUCGACUUGGAAUACACCAAACAUCAGCGAUGUAUUUCUACAAGCAAAAGCUGCUGCAUCCGGCGCAGCUAAAGAAGCUCUUUGAACACAAAUAUUCCUGCACCAAUGUCAGCCUAAUGGAUCCGUUCCUGCAGCCCUGGUGGUGCUGGCUCGUAUCGAAGGUGCCACUCUGGUUAGCACCAAAUCUCAUCACGACUGUAGGCCUGCUGAUCAACAUCGCCACUACGCUGAUUCUGAUCUACUUCAGCCCAACCGGGCGAGAGGAACCACCCAGAUGGGCUUCAGCGCUUUGUGGUUUCGGGCUGUUCAUCUACCAAAGUCUGGAUGCGAUCGACGGCAAACAGGCGCGCAGAACCAAUUCAUCCUCGCCGCUUGGCGAGCUGUUCGAUCACGGCUGUGACUCCAUAUCGACUGUUUUCGUCGCCCUGUCGGCGUGUAUCUCCGUCCAGCUUGGUUACUACCCGCGGUGGAUGUUUUUCCAGUGUUUCUGCGCCAUGACGCUGUUUUACUGUGCCCAUUGGCAAACGUACGUGUCUGGCACGUUGCGUUUCGGGCGCAUCGACGUUACCGAAGCACAGUGCACGAUCAUCGGCAUCCACAUGAUAUCGGCUGUGUUCGGUCCCUCGAUCUGGAUGACGAAGAUACCGAUCAUCGGUGGCACCUGGAACCACACCGUGUGUGCCUUCUUUACGUUCGGAUUUGUUCAAAUGUUCGUCACCUUCUGCCAGAGUUUUCGCGCCGGUGGCGUUGGCAAGAACGGGUCCACCGUUGCUGGCACGAGCGUGCUGUCACCGAUCAUCCCGUUCCUGUUCGUCGUAGUACCAGCGUACGUGAUCUCGCAGAAGUCAACUGAUCAGAUAUACGAAAAUCAUCCUGCCCUGUACAUAAUGGCGUUCGGGAUGAUUACGGCCAAGGUGACGAACCGGUUGGUGGUCGCCCACAUGACGAAGAGCGAAAUGGAAUACCUCGACUGGGGACUAAUUGGACCACUGUGUCUGUUUCUCAAUCAGUACUUCAACAGCUUUCUACCGGAAUACUACGUGCUGUGGUUCUGUUUGCUAUGGUGCACUAUCGAUCUGAUACGAUACUGUGGUCAAGUGUGCCUGGAAAUUUGUGACUACUUGAAGAUCGAACUCUUCCGCAUACCCUACCCACCAAAGCCCGUAAUGACAUCACAAGGUACGAACCCUCCACAGCAUCACCACCAACACCACCACAACCAUCACAAUUACGAUAACAAGAACGGUACGCAUAGUUUAGCCAAUAACAACCAACAGCACCAGCAGUCAGUGACGUCCUCGCAGCAACAAUCGGCCAACAGAAAGCAAACGCGUGCCAGCAGCAGAAAGCAAAAUUCCGCACAGCACCAGUGAGAACGCGGGUUGCGCGUAAAGCUCUUUUGGCACAUACGGAUGGGAUUUUAACUUUGGUGGGGUGGGUUGUAAUGUAGGAUAUCAGCUUCGGGACGCCUAGGGUAGCAAAAAGGAGAAAAAAUAGGUCGUCUUGAUGAUUAGGCAAAUCAAUAAGCUUUAUCGUACACUGUUAAACUCGCAAAAGCGAUCACAAGGGAUUCGCUGUAAGGCUGCAAUUAUCGCUGCACCUUAAGCGACACUCACGCAACACACAUCUACACGCUCGCGCAAUCCUUUUGCACUAAAGCUGUUGCUGGAAGCCGGCAGAUGUCAACCACCUGUUGGGUGUCAAUGUUUUUGCUACGGCUCUUUCUGCUGCAGACGAAUUAAUUUAUUUCCAUCACAAGAAAAAAAACACACUUUCUUAAUGGAUUUAGUAAAUGUCCCAAGCUCCCUUGGGAAAGUAUCAUAUAAAGGUGCUACCAGUGUAGCAAAUUGCAGUCAAAGUCUAACUACACGUGACUGUCAUCUAUAAGUGUGGUGUGUUCUUGUCGUGUGUGUGAUGCGAUGUAUGAUGCGUUGUCUAUUUGGCCCCUCCACUAUCAACUGUGUCUCCCAUAAGCUUAAAAAUCUUCCGUUCGUGCUAGCUUUCAUCAUGGUCAGUUGUUAAUGGUUCUAACGUUAGGUUGUUAUUGUUUGUGCUCUUUGUUUCGUUUUACUUUCGUUUACGUGUUAUGUUAAUAUUCUGUUUUUCGUACCGUAACUAAACCAUAAAUUGCGUAUGGUUUUGCUCACACUUUAAUACGAGUAGUAACGGAUUUUUCCGUGGCUGUAAACUAAAACGUACACACAGUUAGUGUAGCAUGAAGUGAUGCUAUAGGAGAGCACUGUUAAAUUAGCGACCGUCAAAGACAGAGGAAAGUAAGCGCAGACGUAGUGGCUUAUUUAUGGGGCUACUAAAAGGGUGGAUGCCGUAGGAAAUUUUGUACGUAAACUAAGAUUGCGUUAAGCAUCGUAUUGAACUACACCGCUGCAAAUGCCCAUUAACGGGCCUUUAGCCCUACCAAAAAGCAUCAUUAUAGUGAUGCUUUUCAAAAUUAACGUAUGUGCGAUGUUGUUGGAACAUAUUUUUUUUUUUAUAGAGAUAAUCUUUUAAAAGUGCCGCGUGAUCAAGUAGCGAGGGAGAGAUUUUUUAUUCGAACGAUCGUUUCGUGACACGCGCGGAAACUGGAUAAGGGAAUGAUACAAUUUUCAAUUCGUAAAAGGUUGUGUGCAGUAAUAAAGCAGCAUGUAAAAAUAUCCAUGCCAGUAGAUUUGAGUGAAAGCAAAUUGAAGAAAAUAGAAAUACAGUAAAAUGCGUUGUAUAAAGGAGUCAGUACAUAUGUUAGGCGCAGGUUCACGCAUCAUGAUCAACGUCAUGAUCGCGUGUUCAUUAUUGACGGGUAGUUGUGGUAGGAUGACAGGAGGUACAUAUAAACAAUGCAAUGCAACCGUGUGUGAUCGUUUAAUAAUUUCGUUUGUUACAUAUCUAGCCCGUGUUUGGUUUGAUAAUCCUCAAAGGAAGGAGAGUGGUUAACGGGUGUGAUGAUAGCGUCACCAUAACAAACGCCAAAUGAAAACAGAAAACAAAAUAUUUGAAAAUUACUGCGUGGAAAAUAUAAUGGUAGGAAAAAAAAUGAUACGAAAAUUAGUCGAAUCACACUCCCAUGUAUGACUAUUGCUUCUUACGCGAGAAAAGAAUCCUUUCAAAACAAUACUGUUUUACUGCGGAUAACAUCCCCGUUUUUCCUCCCGGGGAGCCAGUGGAAGAGAGAAAAGAUCUUUUGUGUGUGUGUAUGUGUGUGUUUUUCAGAGAGAAAACAUUCAUCCUCUGUUUUGUAGCAUUAAUCAGCGUGUAACGCCUUUACCGUUUGUAUGUAUGUGACUGACAUACCAUAAUGUCCCUCCAUGUACACACACACGAGCCGGCGCAUAUUUUUUACCGACUUUGCUAGGCAUUAUCUGAAAAAAAAAAC